UGUCUUAACUUGACCAAUCCCCACCCAUACCUAACAACGUCUAGUGGAUCCGAAUUAGCAUUUACCAGUAGAACAUGGCUAAUACCGACAGCACCCUGGACAUCUUGCCGUCUAUCGUUCGUAUUUUGAAUGAAGAACACUGCCUUCAACACUUACAGGUCUUAAAAACAUUCACGGCUGCGUUACGGGACAAGGAAUACAGGGAUGCUGUGGAGGAGGAGGCGUUCUCCAGUCUUCUUCAAUUAUUGUCCCGACUGUGUGAUGAGCUUCAUGCUGCCAGCUGUGAUGAUCAGGACCUGCAGUCUGUCGCCCUGCAGCUGCAGUUGACCGCUGAGUGCUUUAGGGCUCAGAGGAACUCCUGUGUCCAGAGCACUCGCAAUCAGAGUCUGCUCAGGGAGCUUGGUUUCAUUGAUGUGUCGAUUAAACUCCUAAGCUUCUUCCAGACGGCACAUCUGGAGAGCAGAGAUGGCAUAUUUGAACCUCUUCGUUGUGGGAUCCAGUUUCUCGGUAACUUAUCGGUUGGAAACCAAAUGUGUAAAGAUGACAUAUGGCAGCUGAGCUUCCCAAAUCUUCUCCUGCAGCUGCUCAGUGUUGAUGAUGAGAAGGUGGUAAACUAUGCCUCUAUGGUACUCCACACAUGUCUGGAUGAAGCCAAGGUGGAAGAACUGUCUGAUCCUCAGAACAUCCAGCUGGCCCUCAGGGUGAUGGAGCUCUGUAGGACCCAACCUGACCUGGACUGGACGGUUCUCAUUGCCACCCAGUAUUUCCUCACGUCUCCAGCUCUUGUGGAGAGCAUGUACUCUGGGAUGUCUCACCAUGAAAGAGUUACUCUAUUAGAGCUGCUCUUUGCCCAGCUACAAGAGGACGAUUCUUGUGGCAUCCCUCCAAGUGUGGCUUGCUUCCUGGCCAGUUCCUUCCAGAAAUGUUGUGGCGCUGUGCUGACACUCGCCACUGGCUCAGCUUCCAAUGAUGAGGUCCUGCAGGAGGCACUGACCGUGAUUAGUCUGCUGGACGUGCUGUGUGAGAUGACCUCAGACCACAGGCAGUUCAUGUUUCUCCAGGACCAUCCUGACCUUCUAGUGACCACUGUUGAGCUCCUGGGGCAGGUUCAUGCUAUAGGGAAGGCCAGCAAGAAUAUUUUCAGUGCUGCUCAGAACUUCUCCUCCUUCAGUGGAGAUGGAGACCCUUCCUCCCAUUCUCCUGUCAUCAGUUUCAAGGCCCACCUCAUCCGGCUGAUAGGAAACCUCUGCUACAGCAAUACAAACAACCAGAACAAGGUAAGAGAACUGGAAGGCAUCCCCCUCAUCUUGGAUAACUGCAGCAUAGACAGCAACAACCCAUUUAUCAGUCAGUGGGCCAUCUUUACCAUCAGGAACCUCCUAGAAAACAACACGCAGAACCAGGAGCAGGUCAGCGCCCUGGAACGUCGUGGCACCACUGACUAUUCUGCACUCAAGGAGUUGGGUUUCCUGGUGGAGGAGCGAGACGGAGGCUUGCUGCUCAAAACUGUGAAGAAAGACUCUUGAAAACCUUAGAGGAGCACCUGGAGAGAGGAGGCCCCCAACUCGCAAGCAGGUUUUCAUGCAAAGUAUUUGUUUAGUAAGGAGUAAAGUACAUGUGCACACAUAUACACUUAUGUGAACAUGUGCUCUUGUUGUGUCACAAGCCUCAUUAAUGUUACUUAAUACUUACCUGGGAAUUACCUGUCCACUACUAAACAUGUUAUCUGUCCAGAAUAACUAGACAGCCACACAGCCGCUAGAUUAAGAAGAAAAAUGCUUUGGAAUGAGAUAUUUCUAUCAGAGAAGUAUGUGUUUAAAUUACUUUUCUACCUCAGUAAUGCUUGCACUCAUGCCCAGAUGGGGCAUACAAUUAUUGUUUGAUACACAAAAGGCCUAUAGGGUCCCCCUGGUAUAAAAGCAAAGGUCAAGACAUCAGGAGCUUUUGUUUUGUCUUGACCUGUGUCUAGGAAAUGAAGAGUUUGGGAGAGGCGAGCGCAUGCUGGCACCUUUUACCAAAGCUGAUGCUUUGUGGUUUAAUCCAAAGACAAAGCGCACCGCAGUGUCCGGGUCUUUCACUUUUCACAGACACUGAUGUUACCAGCAGGGGUUGGUGAUUUAAUCCCAGGCCCAUAGUGACUCCUACAGUAACCGCGAAAAACAGA